UUUCCUUCGAAACAAAGUUAUCAUCAACCUUGAUAAGAGAUUGAUUUGAUUUUUAUCUUUGUAUUUUUAGCCUCGGAAGAGGAUUUUAUACAUUUACAAGGAAAUGCUGUUUUUGCAACAGAAUCCUGUCAAAGAAUAUUUUGUCGGAAUUACGGGAUAUGCGAAAUAACUGCAGUUCCUCUCUGAUUGACCAUCUUCAGUAAAAAUUUGAAUUACGAUAUUGAAGUCUGACGAAAAUUUCUAACAAUUGCAAAAUAUUUGCAAAAUAAGAUAAACUUUUAUUUUAUUUCGAUUAAUCUUGUUUUGAUCAAAACUUCUUUUUUCUGAUCGCCAGCUUAAGUUUAUUCAAAAGGAAAUGAAUACCUCAUUUCAAGACAUCUUUUUCCCCUACCAAAACAAUUCAUUGGAUAAUGAUACUUUGGACAUGAACCAAGAACAAGAUAGAUCUGAUAUUCAGGAAAAUUUCACAAUUGCGCAAGAAGUCUUUCUCAUGAUUUCAUGUGUCGGAAUAUUUGGUAAUUCAUUAUCGAUUCUUGCCUUGAGGAAAUCGAAGAUGCUUCGAUGCCCAACCACUGCCUUUGUUAUAACUUUAUGCGUUGCCGAUUUGCUUUUUUGUAUCAUCACAAUAAUAAAUUACACCAGGCCCGAUUGGAACCGCAACCACUCUUUUUGUAUUUUGAUAAUAUGGGCAAAAUUUUUAGUCGCUGGAGAAUCGUUUUACUUAAUGAUUGGAAUAACGAUUAAUCGAUAUAUCUGUGUAAUUUAUCCAAAGUAUUAUCGUUUGAUAUACAGAAAGAAAUAUUUAGUAUUGCAGUUAACUUUAACGUGGAUGUAUUCUUUUAUUCAUUCACUUUUACCAUUCUUUGGAGUUGUAGGAAGAUAUGGUUACGAUCCUAACAGCGGACUCUGUAUCAUUUUGAGACAUUAUGGAAUAAGAGUUAUAACUUUCUUUUUUAUACACUACUAUGCAUUUCCAGCCAUGGUUUUUGCAAUUUGCUAUUCGAGAAUUUUUUGGGUCACUCAUAAGGCAUCUCAACACGUGAGAAAGCAGUGCAAUUUGUUUGUUACAUCUGAAGAAUUAAAUGCCACAGCAAGUUCGCGAGAGAGUAGGAUUCAAAGAGGUGAUUUUCCGAAUCGUGUUGAUGAUAAAGAGAUGAAAAUCUUGAAAGUGAUGCUAGUCGUCUUCUUUGCUUUCCUGAUUUGUUACUUUCCAAUGGCGCUUAUUAAUUUUUUUGACAGUAAAGCGAAAAUCCCUACACUUACUGCGCUGUCCUUCUUGGGAAUCAAUUUAUCAACUGUGAUCAAUCCCAUAAUAUACGUUGCUAUGAGUGCUGAAUACCGAAAAGCAUAUUUUGAACUUUUCACUUGCAAACAAGUCUGGCUGCCAUUGUCAAUUUCUUCAAGUAAUACAGCAACUUAAGUGUUUGAUAUUACUCUAUAAUUUUUUUAUUCAGGCAAAUUUAUAUAAACAUUAUUGUUAUAAGUGUCACAAAUGUAAUAUUUGUGUACAAUGCCUGAAAUAAAUAAUGUGACCCUUAAAUAAUGUGACCCUUAAAUAAUGUGACCCUUAAAAAAAAGAAAUGUAAGAAAGGGAUUCAGAUAUGUAUUUAAUUAAACUUUGAAAAAAUCACAAAAGAAUUAAAAAAUAUAAAAUGAAAUAUUUUAAUAGCUUUAAAAAGUUAAAGAACGAUUUUGAAUGCGAUUUUUAAAUAUCAUCUGCACUAAUUUAUACGUUUAUUGAAAGUUAGUCUCCCAAAAUAUUUAAAUCAAAUCUAAGUAUGCUAAAAUCUCACUAUUAGUUCAAGAGUUGCUAGUUUUCCUAAUUUUCAUCUUGCGCUCUGUACACCAAAAGUCUUCAAUUUCAAAUUUAAUUUAUACAAAUGGGAAUAAAAAAUUUAAAAUAAUUUAUUCCUUCUUCAAUCAAAAUCAUUUAUAACUACUUGAUAAGCAAACUAGCCAAAUAAAGUGCUUUUUUCAAUAUCCAGUUAACAGCAACUGAGAAAAUCUGCAACGUGUGAUUAAGAACAAAAAUAUCUAUUUAAUAACUAGCGUCUUUUGGAAAUUUUUAAUAACGUUUCUUUGUCAUUUGUUUGAUUUCUCGAAUAUUUCUGUAUUCUCUGUAACCAGAACUCUUCCUCACUUACCGAACUUUUGGAAUGAAUAGAGAACUAAAAACUAGCUCAAAGAAAUAAAACUUGCGGAGAAAUAAAAUUACAUCCUAAGAAAACAUUCUAAAAUUUUUAAAGAUCAUUAUCAUUUUAAAUAAAAUAAGAAAUUAAUAUUUCUUGAAAAUCAUUAUUUUUUGAUGAGCAAUUUCCUUAAGCUCGUUUAAGUUUUUCUGUUGUUCAGAAAUACGCCAUUUCGAAAUGCGCAAAAAGAAAAAAAAAGAUUAAGGUUAUAAGGACUUUUACAUUAGGUAUAAUUAGCCUCAAGUAUAAGAAUCAUAUCUUACAGACUGAGUCUAAUCCCUUAUCCCAUGUCUUGGAGAUCUUAUUUAUUUUGAAACUUUUUUUUGCGUGAGUCUGACUUCAUCACUUUAAUUACCAUCUGUAAUAAUUAUUUAGCAUGUGUAAUGAGGGAUACUCCAAACAAUGAAGGUUGAAUCAUAGUACAUAAAAAUUUCUUUUAUUGUGUCAAAAUCUAUAUGUGUAAUAUAUACGGAAAUCAAUCAUUUUUUAUAUUAUUUGUAUGGAAUGUAAAGUUUUUAUUUAGUGUUCUGUACAAACUUUCCUUAACUAUUGUAAUAUAAAGAUUUCACUAACAUAA